GGGUUUGAGGGGGGGGGAAAAGCAAAACCCACUAUCAUCACAAUAUAAUAAUAAUAAUAAUUCCGCCAUAGAGAAACACACACAUUGUUUUGAGAGAGAAAGAAGCAAUUGUAUUAUUGAUAAAGACCGGGUCCCCUUUAAAAGCCAUUGAACGCUAUGGAUGGGGGAAAGGGGGGAAAAGGUUAGGAAACGGGAGCGCGGAAUGCAUUGUCUUGCGUCGCGUUUUUGCAGCGUUGUGUCAAUAUAUAUAUCGAUACGGAAAUGUUUUGUAUUUAUUUUUUUAAAAAAAGAAAAGGAAGGUAGGUGGCUAUCUCCCUGUCAGGACCGUCCCUUCGCUUGUUCACUUUGAAGUGCACAGUUAAAUCCACAGCGCAGUGUUUGCGAGGAGAGCCCCGAGGACAUUUGGUGCCUGCGAGGAGGGCUUGAAACAGGACCGGGGUUGAAAGGAGGAGGGAAAAAGAGAAGGAGAAAGGGGGGCAGGAGAAAACAGGGGCAGAAAGAGGGAGGGGUUUAGGCUUUUGAUGAUUCCCCCCCCCUUUUUUCCCUCUCUUUCCCUCUUCCCGCUUGAAGAAGCAGGGAGUAGUAGCUGUGAGGAGAGACAGAGAGAGACUCUGAGGGAACUCACUCUCUCUGCCUUGAACUGCUGCUUCAUAUUGUUGAGGUGGGGGAACCACUCUCAGGCCAUUGCAAAGCUUGGAGAGCAGGAUGGAAACUAUUCAGUGUGCUGAGAAGGGGGAGAAUAUGGACACACUCCUCUUUGCUUCUCACCCCCACCUCCAAUUGGUAGGAUUUUAAUUUAUUUCCAAGGCUGUGUGUGUGUAGGGGGUGGGAAUCAUAAGCCCCCUCCAUGCCAAAGGAAGGAAGCAACUCCUGGGGAUGAUCAAAUGAGAGAUGGAGUUGAAGAUCCUGAAAGCAAAGGAGAGCUCACUUUCCCUGGUUUCUUCCUUGGGAAGAGAGACAGAGAUGCAAAGACUUGGACAUAAUGGAUGGCCAGGAUCACAAAAAAACAAAGAGAAGACUCAGAGGAUCCCCUGCUGACUUGAGAAAGAAGAGAGAGACACACAAACACACACACACAGAUUACUGAGGAACUUAAAAAGAAAGGAGGGGGGAGCAAAUCCCUGCCAGAAGGAACUCCAGCAGGAACCAUGAGCAGUGCAGCCUUGCUGACUCACCUUCCAGACCCCAGUAGCAGCUUUAGAGAAGAUGCCCCACGCCCCCCUGUACCAGGGGAAGAAGGAGAGGCACCAUGCCACCUGCCUGCCAGUUUGUUUCUUGUGAAAAACCAAAGCUUCAAGGCCAUGUCCGUUUCUUCCACGCCCAGAAGGAAUGAGGAUGGUCUGGGGGAGCCAGAAGGCAGUGCUUCUCCGGAUUCCCCUCUGGCGCGAUGGACCAAAUCCUUGCAUUCCUUGCUGGGAGAUCAAGAUGGUGCCUAUCUCUUCCGGACCUUCCUGGAAAGGGAGAAAUGUGUGGAUACUUUAGACUUCUGGUUUGCCUGCAAUGGCUUCAGGCAGAUGGACCUUAAGGAUACCAAAACAUUAAGAGUCGCCAAAGCUAUCUACAAAAGGUACAUUGAGAACAACAGCAUUGUCUCCAAGCAACUCAAGCCUGCCACCAAGACCUACAUAAGGGAUAGUAUUAAGAAGCAGCAGAUCGAUUCAAUCAUGUUUGAUCAGGCGCAGACUGAGAUCCAGACUGUGAUGGAGGAAAAUGCUUACCGGAUGUUUUUAACUUCUGAUAUAUACCUCGAAUAUGUAAGGAGUGGGGGAGAGAAUCCUGCUUACAUGAACAGCAAUGGACUGGGGAGCUUAAAAGUUGACUGUGGCUACCUUCCUACCUUGAAUGAAGAAGAGGAAUGGAGCUGUGCUGAUUUUAAAAACAAACUUUUGCCAUCUGUGCUUGGGUUGUCCAGUAAGACGUUGAGGGCCACAGCAAGCGUCCGAGCUACAGAAGCUGUGGAGAAUGGGUUCAGGUCCUUCAAGAGGAAUGAUCCUGUUAACCCUUACCAUGUGAACUCUGGUUACGUCUUUGCUCCUGCCACUAGUGCAAACGAUAGUGAAAUAUCUAGUGAUGCUCUGACUGACGAUUCCGUAUCAAUGACGGAUAGCAGUGUUGAUGGGAUCCCUCCUUAUAGACUUGGAAGCAAAAAACAGCUCCAGAGGGAAAUGCAUCGUAGUGUCAAGGCCAAUGGUCAAGUUUCUCUACCUCACUUUCCGAGAACUCAUCGCCUUCCUAGGGAAAUGACCCCCGUGGAACCAGCUGCUUUUGCCGCCGAGCUCAUUUCUCGGUUGGAAAAGCUCAAGCGGGAACAAGAGACCAUGGACUCUCUGGAGGAGAGGCUGCAGCAAAUCACAGAGGAUGAAGAGAAGGAGGGAUCUGAUGUUCCUGUCAGCUCACAGGCCACCCGAGAAGUUACACCUAUCCAACAUCAACAGCAUCCCCUGACUCUCCUCCCCUCCGGCAGCUAUGAGGAUGAUCCCCAGGCUAUCCUGGAUGACCAUCUUUCACGGGUGCUGAAGACACCGGGGUGCCAAUCUCCCGGCAUGGGACGGCAUAGUCCUCGCGCACGCUCCCCAGACCGCUUCCCAGGUGGUAAAUUGCUCCUGGCACCUGGCACAGCCUCUGUACCCAAUGCCUGUGCUCUUGUCAGCAAAGGAUUUGUCACCAAGCAGACAACCAAGCAUGUUCACCAUCACUACAUCCACCACCACACCAUUCCCAAAACAAAGGAGCAGAUAGAAGCAGAGGCAGCACAACGAGCCCAAUGCUUGGGUCCUUCAGGGAGCGACUACUAUUGCUACUCCAAGUGCAAGGGUCACUCAAAAGGGGUGGAACUUCCUAUGGCGCAGCUGGAGCCCUUCGGCCUCAACAGAACAGGGACGCUUCCGAAGAGGAACUGUAAGCUACCAGAUGGCGUCCUCCUCCCAGGUGGAGAAGGAGGAGGGCUCUCCAUCCCUCCAGGGGUGCAGCUACCUGCGGGGGAGGCUGACCGAUCACAGAACGUCUGGCAAUGGAUGCUGGAGAGUGAAAGACAAUCCAAGCACAAGCCCCAUAGCACACAAAGCACAAAGAAGGCCUACAAUUCUGAGUCCUCCAGAGGCGGGCUUGGGGAACGUCCUGCCCGUCACCACCUGUGGGGGAGCAGCAGCCAUCCACGGGGCGUUCAGCCGGCCCACCCUUUUGUCCAGGAUCCGGCCAUGCCCCCUCUGACUCCACCCAAUACCCUGGCUCAGUUGGAGGAAGCUUGCCGCAGGCUAGCAGAAGUAUCCAAGCCACAGAAACAACGAUGUUCAGCAUCAAAUCAGCCGAGGGAUCGCAACCACUUGACUUCCGUACCAGGAGGAAAUGGUCCUUUUUGCAAUGCCAGUGUAGCAACAGAAGAUCACAAAGAACCAAAGAAACUUCCUGCUACUCACUCCGCCCAGCCUAGUGAGUUGAUUGUCACAUAUUUUUUCUGUGGAGAAGAAAUUCCCUAUAGGAGGAUGUUAAAGGCCCAGAGCCUGACACUUGGGCACUUUAAAGAGCAGCUGAGCAAAAAGGGAAAUUAUAGGUAUUACUUCAAAAGGGCAAGUGAUGAGUUUGACUGUGGUGCAGUUUUUGAAGAAAUCUGGGAUGACGAUACCGUUCUGCCCAUGUACGAGGGAAGGAUCCUGGGGAAAGUUGAGAGGAUUGACUGACUGCCUGGCUGGCCUUUCCUGCGUGAAGGUGUUUAGGGAGACAUAAGCUAAUGAGGCCAGCCUCUGGACACAACCACCGAAUCAAGCUUUUGAAGGAAAGUUUGAACCAAUGAAGAAGAAGAAGCAACGUUAAUAAGCGGACAUCUGUGAAGACUUUGCCAAAUCAGCCUUAGAGGGGAAAAAUGUAGAAGUCCGUUGCGUUGGGUACCAAGGUGUUGACAACUCUGAACUAUUUAUUAUGAACAUGACCACUUUUGGUUACUGAAGAUGCAGCCCAUUGUUUCGAAAGACUUCCAUAUAUAAUAUAUGGCUUCCUAGGGAUCCCACACCUAUGGACUAAGAGACUGUGUAUAGUUUAUCGUAUGAUAACCCUUAUUGAUAUUUAUUGAACAGUCUGGUUUUAUUCCCCCUUACGUCCAAUGACGGACAUGCUGCUUUAAACAAUGGAGAAAGGGGAUAUGAUAUAGAGGAAGAGGUUGGUUUUAUAUUUUAUUUUUACAUCAUUUCCACUGUCUAAAUAAUUGAAAAAAAUAAAAAUAAAAAGUGCAUUUGUUUCUUGCCACCUUAGAAAGCCAGCUGGGAUUAUGUCAUAUCCAACAUUUCUCCAGUUGUUUUAUUUCUGAGGACAGGAGAGGAAGAGAAAUAAUGAAAAUUGUCUUACACAUGUGCUUUUCUCGAGAAUAAUGUUUUUAAAUCAAUGCUGCUCUGAUUCUAAGGCUUGGUGUAGACAUAAUACGGCUUGAGUAUCCCUUAUCCAAAAUGCUUGGGAUCGGAAGUGUUCUGUAUUUUGGAUUUUUUUUUCAGAUUUUGGAAUUACUUUCAUAUACUUAAUGAGAAAGCUUGGAAAUGGAACCCAAGUCUAAACACAAAAUUCAUUUAUGUUCAGUACACACCUUAUACACAACAUUGAAGCUAAUUUUGUACAGUAUUUUUGUUCAUGAAACAAAGUUUGUGUGCACUGAACGAUCCAAAAGCAAAUACAAGUCUUAUUGUCUCAGCCACCCAUUGGACAAUUCUCAGAUUUGGAGUAUGUUGGAUUUUGGAGUUCUGGAUAAGAGAUGCUCAAUUUGUAUUCUUGAUUGCCUAAUAAUGAUUAACUAAUCAGGAGCUUCCAACAGAUUAAGAUCCUUUCCCUUCCUCUUACCAGUCUUUAUUUGAACUCAACUGUGUGGUGUUAACGGCGAGCACCUUUGAAUGAAAGAGUUUGCUAAUUUGCCUAUGAUCAUAGCUGCAAAGUCUGACUUUGAAGCACACUCUGGUUACUAUUAAGACUGGUGCAAAUGCUGCCAUCUUGGUUAGCUCCCAAGGAAGAGUAUGGGAGGAAUGGGAGAUAGUCAAGAGCAAGAGCAGAGGAGGAAAGAGCAUCUGAAGGCCAUAAUGGCUCCUGAUUUCUUAACCAUUAAUAGGAGACUGGGAAUGCUGCAGCUGCACCAAACCUAACAGUGUUCUCGUGGGUUCAAUAAUAACACUGCUACAAAGGAUAAUAAUAACAUAUAUGGGUCUUGUCACUCAGGCCCCUUCCACACAGCUGAAUAAAAUCCCACAUUAACUGCUUUGAACUGGGUUAUAUGGCAGUGCGGACUCAGAUAACCCAGCUCAAAGCAGAUAUUGUAGAUUAUCUGCCUUGAUAUUAUGGGUUAUGUGGCUGUGUGGAAGGGCUCUCAGUUUCUGUGGUAAUAAUAUACCUCUGCAUGCAUAUAUAUAUACACACACACACACACACACACACACACACACACAUAUAUAUAUAUAUAUAUAUAUAUAUAUGCUCCCCAUUGCAUGCCUUUAGUAAAUAAGGCACACUGUGGCAAAUCCCAAGCACAGACAAGGGACACGCGAUUUCAUACUGUCCAGUUUCAUUGUAAAAAAUGAUCUUAAACAGAGGAGGAAAAGUGGUACAUGAAGCUUACCAGUUCACAUUUACACUGACAUAAAUAUAGCCAGAUUAUAUAUAUUUUAGAAAUGGUAUGUCCUUCACCAGUGUCAGAUAGCAUAUCCUUGUUCCACGGCUUCUUUCAUGUGGUCACUUGUUGUAGCAACACUUUCUAUGUUGCAACUGCAAUUAAUAGACUUGAACUGUCUCAAGAUGUGGUUUCCCAUCUUCGAUGGAAUGGCUGUUAGAACAGUGGGGCUUUGGGUCCCUCCAGGAUUUGGACACUGGUUCCUAGAACCCCUGAAUAUUGGCCAUACUGGCAUCUGGGAGCAGUCGUCCAAAACAACUGGAGAACCAAAGGCUGACAACAUCUCUGCAUGUAUUGUUUAUGGCCCAGCAUACUUGGAUCAAAUAAUUUACUCCAGCAUCCAAGUUAAGAGAGCUAGUAUAUCAUUUUUGAUGUAGUCUCCUAAGUGUUGCCAUUGUUGUGCUCAACCAAAAGCCUGCUAUUCUACCAGACAAACCAGUCUGGAAUGACGUCACAGCUUUCUAAGCUUGCCUUGGGCGAAUAAGUCAUCUUAGCUCCUUUGUUGGACAAGUAUGAUACAAUGGCUGGCUUUGGGGGCUGCAGCUGAAACAGCUCCUCUCCUCCUCUGCACUCUACCAUGUUAUAAGGCUUUGCCUGUUGUACUGAAUGGCUGAAAUAUGAACAACCUGAGCUGUAAAAUUGUCAAAACAGUCCGCUCAUCUGAUUGUAUCAUUUUUGUGUAGUGUAACACAACAGGGUGGGGACACAUACAUACUCCAGGAAAGACCUUUAAUUUGGAUAUCCUCUUGGUUCUAGUUGGUGCGUUCUAUGCCAAUCUUACAUUUCUUUUGUAUAGUAUGAUUGUAUAUAGUGUAGAAAAAAAUGUGGUGGAAAGAAAUACUAUUAAUACACUAUCUAUAGUGUGUGUUUUUUAAAGGAAAAAAAACCUUCAAUCAGUACAGUACCUGUGCCUGCAUGGUGUUACUAUGCCAUGCUUUGCCCUAUGUUCAGGGUGCAGACUCUCCCUUGUUUGUUUAAGGGGUUUAUGUAUAAUAUAUUUUAUGCCUUUUUACUACAAGUCUUGUACUUUAUGACUUUUGCCAUGACAUUUGUUCUACUUAUACUGUAAAUUAUGCAUUAUAAAGAGUUUCAUUUAAAGAAAAAAUUACUUGGUACAAUAAUUAUUGUAAUUAAGAGAUGUAGCCUUUAUUAAAAUUUUUAUAUUUUUCAAAUUAA